AUACUCCGGGAGAGUCGCUGACUGCUAAACUCGCGGAUUAGCUGGAGUUAGCUGGAUAUUUUACUAACGUGAGUUGGUCAAAUAAUCAAGGUGAGCUGUUGUCAUGACGACUCUAGAUGACAAGAUUCUGGGAGAGAAGCUGCAAUACUACUACAGCAGCAGCGAGGACGAAGGCAGUGACAACGAGGACGAGGAUGGGGAGAACAAGACCAUCCGGAACGCUGACGUCAAUGAGCCGGAGAUAGACUAUAGCGCCGAUGGAAGUGCUGUCAACACAGGACCAAAGGGUGUCAUCAAUGACUGGAGGAAGUACAAGCAGCUUGAGGUGGAGCAGAAACAAGAGCAGAAGAAAGAGAUGGAAAGGCUGAUCAAGAAGCUGUCAAUGACCUGCCGCUCUGACCUCGACCUGCAAAAAGACAAGGAGAAACAGAAAGAGAUGAAGGACAAAAUCAAAGGCAAAAUGACCAUGCAAGAGUACAACAUGCUCCAGGAGGAAGAGGAUGACGAAGACUUCCUCCAGCAUUACCGCAUGCAGCGCAUUGAAGAGAUGCGGCGCCAGCUCUGCCGUGGCAAACGCUUUGCGCAGGUCUACGAGCUCAACAGCGGAGAGGACUUCCUGGAGGCUUUGGACAAGGAGGACAAAUGCACAUUGGUCAUGAUCCACAUCUAUGAGCCGGACGUCCCGGGCUGUGAGGCCAUGAGCGGCAGCCUCAUGUGUCUGGCUCAGGAAUACCCGCUGGUCAAGUUCUGCAGCGUACGCAGCUCGGCCAUCAGCACCAGCGCACUGUUCAGAGACAGCGCACUGCCCGCACUGCUUGUUUACAAAGGAGGAGACCUGAUCGGUAACUUCGUGCGAGUCACAGACCAACUCGGGGAAGACUUCUUUGCUGUAGACGUGGAGGCCCUGCUGCAGGAGUACGGCAUGCUGCCCGACAAGGCACCGAUCAUCCCGAAGACGAUUCGCAAUGGAGCCAUCAUACAGAGCACUGUGAGCGAUGAUGACUCUGACCUUGAUAUAGACUAGAGCCAUAAUAUCUUAACAUGCAUUAUAUGCUUGGGAAACACUCGCACACAGUCUGCAUGGACGAUAAAUCAUUUUUAUGUAAGUGGACCCCCGUAGUGAUGACGGACUGAGUCAGGCUUGCCAUGUUAACACUCACACAGCAACAUGCAACCAGCAUUGAAGCAGAACCAAAACUAAAUGCACACAUAACAUCAGUGAGUUUCAUCACGACAAUGAUAAUACAUGGUAAGCAUAAGUUAUAAUUAAUUAAAUUCUAGCCAUUAUUAACAUAGAGGACCUGUUAUACACAGCGAGAAUGCUGUAGAGGAUAGAUUAUAAGUGUUUUGUUUGAGCUGUGACGGUUGACUAUUUAUUUGUUGUGUUUCAACACAUUCCCUGUUUUUGUUCCGCGUACAUCUUCAUCGUCUUAAACAUGUUUCACUCUGUAGAAAACUAAUCCUGCAGCCCAAACUGACUUUUAGUUAAUUUUAUAACUUUUAUAUGUGCUGUACCAUUUCAGAUAGUAGGAAAAAUAAAGAAAUGUUUGAACUCA